AUGACAAGCAACGAAAAUCCGCUGAUCUUGAUGACCGUGGUGCCGGGUAGCCGCAGCUCCAUGACUCCUUCCCCAUCGAGAGAAAUCAGGGGCAUCCGCCUCUUCAGGGUGAUCAGCAGGAAGUUGGCCAGGCGGUCGAACGAAGAGUUGCACUUCCCAGUGGAAAGUGACAGUCGCUCCUCCAGUUCGGACUCCUGCUCUUCGACUUCCACCAGCCACGGUUCCAGGACCAAGAAGGAAGCGUCCGGAGAGUCGGUCUUCAGGUGCGUGUCGCCCAACCACAUCUCCAGCAGUUCCAGUGAUGCAGGCAGUGACAUCCAGCAGCGAUCGAGGCAUCACCACUCCACUUCUGCGGAGAGCAUCAGGAAGGUCUUCCAGAACCUGAACUUGAACGUCAGGUCACAAAGCUGCAACAACACCAAGGAGAAGAGGAAAAGUAAGAAGCCUGCCCCGAAGAGGAUACUCAGACAGCCCGUCACUUACACGUACGUGAAAGGACUGUCUGGACUUCCCACCCAGAGGAUUCCCAAAGAUCCAAGGAUUUACAACAGUUGCUGUUGCAGUAUGCAGUACAUGGCAGGCUUGAACCGAUAA